AUGGGAUUUUUGCGGAUUUCAUUACUUUCAAACGUGAGAGGACUGAUUCGAAGAGCACCCUCCUCGCGGCGACUGUACGUGGUUCCUGCACUUUCCCGGCGGACGAAUCCCCCUACAGUGUCACACUCUGAGAAACAAGGUAAGGAACUGGAGUUAAACAAAAUUGGGGUUCUUAGGGAUGAUCCGUAUCUCGCUUUGUCGUUUCUGAAUCGAAUUGAAGGAAAUGGGGCUCAACCUAGUGUCCAUGCUUUUGCAAUUCUUAUCAGAAACGUUUGUAGUUGUGGUUUGAAUAAGAAACUGGGUCGGUUGUUAGUGGAACUCAUUAGGAAAGGAGAUGAGGGACGAGGUUUCAGUGUCGAGGAUUUGUUAGAGGCCAUUGUAGAAGCCGAAGAAGAGGAUGGAGAAAAAGGUGAAGGUUCGUCGCAGAUGUUGAGAAAGCUCUGUGAUUCCUUGGCUAAAGCCUAUGCGAAUCUGAAAAUGUUCGACAAAGCCGUCGAUGCGUAUUUUGAACUGAAAUGCACUCCGGAUGUAAAGGCAUUGAAUUUCUUGAUGAAACGUAUGGUUGCUUGUGGAGAAAACGAAAUGGCGCUCUCUGCUUUCCUUCAUUUUAGGUUGGGUGUGGAUAAGGAUAAGGAUACGUACGUGCUUUUGGUCCAGGCGUAUCGCAAGGUGGUCUGUUGUUUAUGCAACGAGAUGGAAACGGACGCUGCUGAAAGACUUGUUCUUCAAAUGGAGAAACUCGGGAUUGCUCCUGAUGUGUUUGUUUACUUGGAGAUCAUCCAAGGACAUCGCAGGAACUUGGAUUUCUGUAAAGCUUUGGUUUUUUUCAGAGAUAUAGUGGCGCCGAGGAGAAACAAGAUAAACCGUGUGAUUGCUAGCUCGAUCCUUCAGUGUUUUUGUCAGAUGGGACAGUUGUCGGAAGCUUAUGAUCUGUUUAAGGAAUUCAGGAAGAAGAAGGUUACUCUUGAUAGGGUUUGCUACAAUGUGGCGUGUGAUGCUUUGGUAAAGCUUGGCCAAGUAGAAGAAGCUAUCAAGCUGUUCCGAGAGAUGACUGGUAAAGGAAUAGCUCCUGACGUCGUCAACUACACGACUUUGAUCAAUGGUUGCUGUCAACAAGGAAAGUUUCAGGAAGCUCUUGAUCUGAUGAUUGAAAUGGAUGGAACAGUUAAAGCGCCUGAUACCGUUAUAUACGACGUACUCGCCCGUGGAUUAGCUCGGAAUAAGCAUGCGAAAGAGGCACUGGGAACGCUGAAACUAAUGGAAGCUCGAGGUUUGAAGCCCACUCCCGUUACACACAGCAUUCUCCUCGAAGGACUGAUUGUUGGGGGAAAUGCAGACAAGGCUGAAUCUUUAUAUGAGAGUUUGGGAGAUGAGAAAACCCGGGAAAAUGAGUUAAGUAUGGUAAAAGGUUAUGCAGAAGCUGGUCUUCCUGAUCAGGCCUACGAACGGUUCGGUAGACUGGACUUUCCUCUGCCCAAGAAUGUGUAUAUCACACUAUUCUCUAGUCUUUGCGCCGGAGAUAAAGCUUGCGCCGGCGACAAAGAUCGUGCCGGCAAAGCUCAAGACUUGCUGGAAAGAAUGCCGGAAGUAGUUGGAGUUGAGCCUGGGAAGCGCAUGUAUGGGAAACUGAUUCGCGCCUGGUGUCGAGUUAAGGAAGUGAGAAAAGCCAUGAAGAAUUUCAAAGUGUUGCUUUCUUGUAAAAAGAUAGUCCCUGAUUUGUGCACUUACACAAGCAUGAUCAAGGCCUAUUGCUGGAAAGAAGAUUUCAAGGACGCCUAUGAUCUUUUCCAAGAGAUGAAGCAGAUGAGAAUCGUUCCUGAUGUGGUGACAUACACGGUCUUGCUCAACAACAUUCCAGAGCUGGAUAUGAAGAGGGAAAUGAAAGCCCUUGGCAUUGAACGAGACGUCCACUACUACACGGUCAUGAUUGAUCAGCAGUGCAAGACUGGAGAACUCCAAGACGCGGAGAGGAUCUUUGACGAAAUGAUUGAAAAUGGGUUGGAGCCCGAUGCUGCGCCUUACACAGCACUAAUAGCUCGUUGUUGUAGGGAUGGUGAUGUUUGCAAGGCCAGCAAACUUAUGAAAGAGAUGAGGGAAAUGGGGAUUGAGCCAACGCAAGAUAUCAUCGAUAAAAUAGAGUAUACUAAAUCAAAGGGCCAGUUCAGUAGUACAUUGGUCCAUGAUGAAUAA